GGGAGUCAAGAAGUAACAUCAAUUAUAUCGUGUGUUUCAUUUACAUGUACAAUAGAAAUCUAUAAAAACCAUAGCACUUCACGCUAUUUCCGAUUUAUCAAUAAACGCAGUUAAAUUUAUUUUUAACUUCUUCUUAUUUCUUCGUUUUUAAGUUUAGGAGAGAUCACUCUCGCUUUCUUUAUACGAAGCUUUGAAUACUUCAUUAACAUUUGUAACCGACUAUCAUUUGCUGUGUAACCUGUUUUAUCAGUGUUCUCGACCUUUCCUUGAUUCUUGGUUAAGGAAUUAAUCUCGUUGACAGCAUUUGUUGAGUAGCAGAAAUAAAGAAUUAAUCUCGUUGACAGCAUUUGUUGAGUAGCAGAAAUAAAGAAUUAAUCUCGUUGACAGCAUUUGUUGAGUAGCAGAAAUAAAGAAUUAAUCUCGUUGACAGCAUUUGUUGAGUAGCAGAAAUAAAGAAUUAAUCUCGUUGACAGCAUUUGUUGAGUAGCAGAAACAAAGAAUUAAUCUCGUUGACAGCAUUUGUUGAGUAGCAGAAACAAAGAAUUAAUCUCGUCGACAGCAUUUGUUGAGUAGCAGAAAUAAAGAAUUAAUCUCGUUGACAGCAUUUGUUGAGUAGCAGAAACAAAGAAUUAAUCUCGUUGACAGCAUUUGUUGAGUAGCAGAAACAAAGAAUUAAUCUCGUCGACAGCAUUUGUUGAGUAGCAGAAAUAAAGAAUUAAUCUCGUUAACAGCAUUUGUUGAGUAGCAGAAAUAAAGAAUUAAUCUCGUUGACAGCAUUUGUUGAGUAGCAGAAAUAAAGAAUUAAUAUCGUUGACAGCAUUUGUUGAGUAGCAGAAAUAAAGAAUUCAUCUCGUUGACAGAAAUGAAGAAACCUAAUCUGAGUUUUGAGGAUAAUUUUCUGGAUAUAUCCAUUCUACCUGGACAACCAGGAGCUGAAUUCACCACGUCAACCUAUCCAGGCUCAGCCACGAACAACCCGUGGUUGCCGAUGUCCGGAGGUAUCCCAAGCAACCAUGCUGUCACCAGCGACCAAAACACUGGACAGACGCUGGACAACCUGGACGUGAGCAAAUUGUCUAGCGUAAACACGUCUGUUGACAACCAGUUUACCAGACAAGAGUCAAACUUGGACAAAAAUACGCGUGUUUACAUUAUGCCUUCCGGUGCUGAGCUGAGCUACGUCACCACAAAGACUCCGAAUUCUUGGAGCUAUGAUGGGAUAGAAAAUAUACUCCAGAGAUUUGAACCGCCAAAAGUGGAACCACCCGUAGAGCCGCAUAUACGGAAUUAUGUCCCUCUUAGUAUUGUGGUUACGCUCCUGUUCUCAUGGUUGUUUGGACUUUUUGCUCUUAAUUACGCCAGAAAGGCAAAUUUAUACAAAAGAGAAAAGAAGUACAACGAAGCUGUGAGUGCGGCACACAACGCCUCAAACCUGAAUUUUGUCGGUAUCUUCUGGGGUCUCAUCGGCAACGCCCUGCUGGGUGUCGCGAUCUGGCAAGUCCACCACCUGUACAGGUAGUUGGACGGUGUUACGUGAAGUCUGAAGGGCGGACGUUAGUAACAGAAGAUAAGCCGCAAUGGGAGGCGCUUGAGGUGUGUCAAUUGAUGUGUGGUGUAUUUGGGAGGUGUAUCUUCUGUUAGAGGUAUUGGUGUAUUUUAGAAAUGAUUUCCGGCAAUGUAGUUAUUGGCUAAUUUAUUGAAUGUUUAAAAGUAGUGUAGGUAUUGGCGUAUUAUAGGAAUGUUUUCAGGUAUUGUAGGCAUUUGCGUAUUUGGGGAAUGUUUCAGGCAUGGUAGGUAUUGGCGUUUUUGUGAGAGACUCAAGACGUCUAUAUAUCUAAAAAAAAUGAAGUCUUCUUGCGACAAACAGACGUUACGUUACGUUAGAUACAGAGACUGACCUAUUUUUUAAAACACGAUGGUCCGUGUGUAUCAAGUUCUGUGCAAUGUUUUAAUGUUAAUUGGACUUCGUUAUUGACAUUAAUCACAUGCUUUAUAUUAUAUUCGUCGAUAUACUGUUUUGAUGUAACCUUGUAUUAUAUCUUCAUUUACAUUACAUGUUCUGUCAUGACAAAUAUCUGUUAAACGAUAAUUUGAAUGUUUGUAAUAUAUUUUAUCGUUUUCACAUUCGCCAAGUAUUAUGUUUUCGUAUACAUGUUUAGCUCCAGUGUGACUUGUACGGAAUCGGUUUUACAUUUUCUAAAACACAACAUUUUAGUGUUUGGUUUUGUGGUGCUUGAAUACUUUUAUGACGGUCUACGUUAGAUUUAGUCAAGCAAGAGACUGAUAGCUUGCACUACCAAAUACUGUUCUGUGUCUCACAACGAUGAUAAUCAACUAAAUUUACCACACAUAUUUAUCAUCCAAAGCUGCUGAUAACGCUUACUAUCAAACACUACACAAAUAUCCAACACAUGUAUAUGAACAACGGUUCCCUUCGAUAAUUUUAUAGGACGAACUAAAUUAUUAUUUUCUUUAAUGUAUUUUCACAUGUCCGUAAAUGCUCAGUAUUGCAUAUGAUCACAUUUGUUUAUUUUUAUAUGUAUGAUUCUAUUUUUGGCAUAGCUGUUGCGUUUAAUCGAAACAAACUCUACAUUUUGUUUUGCCAGGUGAAAUGUUUUAAUUUGUUCAACCAAACAUUUUAUUGAAAAUUCUGAUACACGGUAUGUUAAUCAAGUAUUGCCUAUAGAAAUAUUUUAGACUUAUUGUUUACAACUUUUGUAAUAAUUUAAUAUUGUUGCCAAAUUAAUUACAACAAUCGUAUAUGUGUUUUCUCAAUAAA